AUGUACAGCAACAGGUUUGAGUACGAUGGAGCGUCACAAACCUUGUGGAUAACAGUUUUAGUAUCAAUGGGUGCAUUUUUGGUUUCUGUGCUGUUUUAGUAAGUUGCAAUAUUUUUUAAAACCAUAAUAUUGAUUUAUAUUAUGCCUGUAAAAAGUCAUCACGUCCAAUUUUUUCCACCGUACUCUAAAUUCAGUAAAACCUCUCCCCCCUUCUAGCGUGAAGUUUUUUUUCUAAAAUCGACAGGGGGGACUACUCUCAACCUUUUUUCAAAUUUUUUUUGGUGCGGUACCCCGCCCCUAUCCCCCUGUUCUUAGACAUGAGAAACGGGCCGGGUCGAGCCCUUUUUUUAGACCCUAUUCGAUCGAAAUUUUUUCUCAAGGUCGGCCCAGCCUUUUUCUGAUGCCUGCCCUGCUCGCGUUUGGCCCUGAGGGUAGGGUACAAUUUAUCUUUACACUUUUGACCAAGUACCUAAGCUGGACCUCUGGCUUCUUUUGUUUAUUUAGUUCCGGCCCGCCUUAAAAAUUUUUUGGAUAUUGAGGUAGAUUUCUAUGGUUUUUGAGGAGUGGAGGAGAUUUUGAGGUUUUUAUCAGGGACGUCGUUACAAAUUUUGACCUUGCUCGGCCCGGUCUUUUUGAAACUUGUCUUAUCGCGUGCCGAAGCUCCCUCAUUUCUAGUUUAUUAUGGAAAGUUUUUUUUGUACUUUUAUGUUCAGACUACCCUGCCUAACCCUACAGUGCCUUACUCUAUCUUACCAUACUCUCUUCCCUUCUCAACAGCAUUUCAAAAAACUUUGAAAAAAAAUUUAGCAUGCUCUUAUUGUUAAAUUUCAAAAAACUUUUUUUUAACUUUUACCCCCUCCUCCUCCCUUCUUUUUGUUUUCUUAAUCAAAAUUUCUAACCUAGCACUAACUAAAAUAAUAUACAAUAUAUUAUAAUAUCUAGUUAAAUAAAGACACUUUUAGUUACAUUCAAGACUCAUGCACCAACUACUGGCGCUACAAGUACAACCAAAGCCCCAAUAAGGACAAUGCGUUAGUUAAACUUAUCGACUAUUUACUUGAAAAAGAAAUUUUCAAAUUGUAUUCAAUAGGAAUAGCAAUAUACAGAGGACGGUGGAUGAAAUCAUACAAAAACGCUAUCAAACACUUCUUGGUCUAUGUCAUUUUAAGGCACAAUGACAAGUUUGUAGAGGAAGUCAAGUUGGACAACAAGGUCAUGACUGAACGUGAGUUCAACUUUUGGAUGAAUUUUAAAAUUUACUUUGAAGUUCAAGUUUAUUUUACGCAGUAAAGGCCAAAAUGUCAGUUUUUACUGCUUUUAAAAUAACCAUGUAAGCUAAGAUACGGUUGAGCUAACUUUGUAAGGUUUAGUCCAGCUUUUACAAGGCUUGUUUAUAUUGGAGCAAAGCCUGGACGGUCCAGACAAAAGACCGGAGUAAGAUACAGUAAGAUGGGGUAGAGUAGGGUAAAUCAAUAUAAGGUAGGGUAAAGUAGAGUAAAAUAGAAUAGAGCAACUUAGGGCGGGGUAGGCUUGGAUAAGGCUGGAUGGGGUAGAGCAGGGUUAAGUAGAGUAGAGUAAAGUAGAAUAAGGCAGGAUAAGGUAGUGUAAGGUUGGAUGAGCUAGGAUAAGAUAAGGUAGGGUAGGGUCGAAUGAAGUAUGGUAAGGUAGAGUAGGUUAAUAUAGAGUAAAAUAAAGAAGAGUAGGAUAGGGUAGAGUGAAAUAGAGUUAAGUAGAAUAAGGUUGGGUAAGCUAGGGCAGGAUAAGGUAGGGUAAGAUAGAUUGCAGUAUGAUACGGCAAGGUAGAGUAGUGUAGGGUAGGGUAGAAUAGGGCAGUGUAGAGUAGGGUAAUUAGGGUAGGGAGGGUAGGGUAAGGUAGGGUCGAAUAGAGUAAGCUGGGGCAAGAUAGAUAUCAAAAAUGCUAAAAAUUUUGCGAAGAAACGUCAUUUAAAAUUUUUUUUUUAGAAUUUGAACGCACGUUAGAUUACGCGUUGGACCUUGUACAAGACUACAAGUAUUAUGGAACAGACAUUGUCGAUGCUUUUGAGUUGGUUGAAGAUGAAAUCAAAGAAGUCUUGUACGAAAUAAUGAGAAUUGCCAGAAGCCAAAAAGAAAUCCUGUAUGCUUUGUGUGAUAUCAAUAUAAAAGAUUAUGAUUUUGUACACAAUUAUUUUUUUGUUGACUAUUCUAUACAAUAAAGUUAUUUGUUUAUGUUUUAGUUUCUUGUUUUAUAUUUUUUAUAGCAAGGAAAUAUUUACAUUACUGUAACUCGACGAGUAAUAGAGCUACGAUAACAAUCAAUACAGAUUCUGAAAGCCCAUGAAAAAUGACAUUUGAUGUUGGUUUGGUUACAGUAACUUAUAAAGAGUUUUUUUGUGGUACUCGAUCGUAUAUUCAUCAUGUAUUAUAUAGCAAGGAAAUAUUUACAUUACUGUAACUCGACGAGUAAUAGAGCUACAAUUAUAAUCGAUACAGUUUCUGAAAGCCUAUGAAAAAUGACAUUUGUUGCUGGUUUGGUUACAGUAACUUAUAAAGAGUUUUUUUGUGGUACUCGAUCGUAUAUUCAUCAUGUAUUAUAUACCAAGGAAAUAUUUACAUUACUGUAACUUGACAGGUAAUAAAGUUACAUAAACAGUCGUUACAGAAAAAGGAACCUAUGUUUGCCUACAAUAACAUUGUUCUCAUUCAUUCAAUAA